AUGAACAAUAUUUCUAAUCUUAUUGGAUAACGACCUAAUUCAAAAUAAAAUAAAUAAACACCCUCUUAAAUUAAUAAUCAAACUAAUCCAUAAAUUUAAAUUUAUGAUCAAUUGAAGAAUUCCUUACAAACUGACUGUUAAAAAUAAAACAAUAAACAAUACUCACAAUAAUAAAUUUUUGAAUAUAAAACUUAAAAAGAACUUGAAUUUUUAAUACAAUUUAUUCAAUAAGCAUGUAUUCAUAAUCCUUAAUGUAUUCAUGAAUAAUUAUUUGAAAAAAAUUUACAAAAUAAAAAAUUUAGAUCAUUAUGUGAUUUUAGAAAUGAUUGGACUAAACUCAUUUUGAAGGCAGAAAAACAAUUUGAAAAAGCUCUCACCAAAAAAUAACUUUCUAUUAAUUGUUAACCUAAUAAUGAUUCUUUUAAAAUAAUUAUCUUAGAAGCAAUUAAUAAUAAAGAAAACUCUCUCAAAAUGUUAAUCGAAAAAUCUAAAUAAGAACAAUAAUUCUUUGAAUAUGCCAAGAGAUUGGCCAUUAAACUCCAAUAGAAACUCGAUUGCUCAGAAUCCCUAUUAUGCCAAUUUGAAGAUGUUUAAAAUCGUAAGAAAUAUACCCAUCCGCCUUCUAUUUGGUCAUUUAUGAAUUGUUCAUGUAAUACUACUAUAAUUUGA